UUUUCUUCCGGCCCUCAGAGUUUUUUCCCAGCCAACUCGAUGGACAAGAUAGGAUUUAAUUCUUUCUAGAAUGGACUCUCGUCUGCCUAUUUAAACCCUCUACUAUUGGAAUAGGUGAGCCAAACUUUUACAUUUAGUAGCAAGAAGGGUACUCUCGCUUUUUAGGAGAUUUACCCGUACCCCCCCAAAAAUAAAAAUAUGAAGCAGAUGAUUGUGUGUAUAGAUGGUUUAAUUGGAGCUGGUAAAUCCAGUAUCAUGAAACGUUUAAAAAGCAACUAUCCCUGUUUUGAAGAACCCAUUGAAAAAUUUACGCUUUUAUCUCAUUUCUAUGAUGAACCUCAAAAAUACCAGAAGGCUUUUCAAUUUCAAGUUUUAUUAUCUCAGUUUGAUCAGAAAGAAAAGUUUAAAGAUAUACCUGGUCUUAUCAUUGUUGAACGUUGUCCCUGGACAUCGAGACACGUCUUUAGCGAAUUGAUAUUUGAUAAACCGACCAUGGACAUUUACGAUGAGUUAUAUAAAUCCCUGACGUACGAUGUGGAUUAUUAUAUUUAUUUACAAAUCGAUAGCUUGGAGGCAUACAAACGAAUAAAGUUGAGAAAUAAAUCCGAGGAACGUAAUAUUACAUUAGAAUAUCUCACCAAAUUAGAAAAUCAAUAUAAAAAAACUUUACUUAAAGAAAAAAAUGUUUACCUUGUUGAUGCACACAGAAGUAUAAAUGAAACGGUAAAGGAUAUUCGGAAAAUUUUACAGUCACUCUCUAGUUCCAUCCUGUAAUUAAACGGGUCGCUUACAAGUCACAUCUAGAAUAUUGACGAUAUUCCAAGAUGAAAAAUGUCGACACACUGUGAAAAAAAAAAAAAAAAAAAAAAAAAAAAAAAAA